CGUGCGCAGAAAAGCCGGUGCUCAGUAGCGCGGCGAGGUGAAGAGAAAGCGGUGCCGCACGGCGCGGUGGUGGAGCCCUCCGCUUGCCUCAGGAUGAAAUGCCCACCCAGCGUCUGAGCCCUGUCUGGCGGGUGCCCACUUGGCGUGACCGAUUUGCCGGGAGACAGAAGCAUUUCCACAGGGCCCCUGGGCACUGUGCUAUCUGAGUUUUAAGGUCAACAGAAGCCCUUGAAGGUGGUUUUCCUUAUUUCGUUGUAUGUUUGCUCCAGAGUCAGCAGGGACUUCCAGGCAAUGGCAAAAAAGACCAUCCCAUUAUUCCGCAGACGUAUGGCUAUUUCCUGCACUUGAGGAUGGAUGUUCUAGACUCAAGAGAAACUGGAAUGAUCUGGUCAUUUACCAAAGCUCACUGAAGCAGACCUUUGUGACAUCUCCAGACACUUGUACCAACCAUCCCAGAUGGAAAGAUUAGUUUGAGAGUAUGGGAUGGCAAACAUGUUAGCAGAAAAGCCUCGGAGAGGGGGCUGGAGGAUUUAGCUGCUCUUUGCCCCCUCCUGGCAGCCCAGGGUCCUCUGCCUGGGCACACCCUGCACUAUGGACUCCCUGGGGUACAACUGCUUUGUGGACAGAGACAAGAUGAACACUGCCAUCCAGGACCUGGGGCCCAAGGAGCUGAGCUGCACCGAACUGCAGGAGCUGAAGCAGCUGGCACGCCAGGGCUACUGGGCCCACAGCCAUGCCUUGCGAGGGAAGGUGUACCAGCGCCUGAUCCGGGAUAUCCCCUGCCGUACGGUCACGCCCGAUGCCAGUGUGUACAGUGAUAUCGUGGGCAAGAUCGUGGGCAAGCACAGCAGCAGCAGCCUACCCUUGCCCGAGUUUGUGGACAACACGCAGGUGCCCAGCUACUGCCUAAAUGCACGGGGUGAGGAUGCCGUGCGGAAGAUCCUGCUCUGCAUUGCCAAUCAGUUCCCUGACAUCUCCUUCUGUCCCGCCCUGCCCGCAGUCGUGGCCCUGCUGCUGCACUACAGCAUCGAUGAGGCUGAGUGCUUCGAGAAGGCUUGCCGCAUCCUGGCCUGCAACGACCCCAGCAAGAAACUGAUCGACCAGAGCUUUCUGGCCUUUGAGUCCUCCUGCAUGACAUUUGGCGACCUGGUGAACAAGUACUGCCAGGCAGCCCACAAGCUGAUGGUGGCCGUGUCGGAGGACGUCCUGCAGGUCUACGCGGACUGGCAGCGAUGGCUGUUUGGGGAGCUGCCCCUCAACUACUUCGCUCGAGUCUUUGAUGUCUUCCUGGUGGAAGGUUACAAGGUGUUGUACCGCGUUGCACUGGCAAUCCUCAAGUUCUUUCACAAGGUGCGAGCCGGGCAGCCGCUUGAGUCAGACAAUGUGAAGCAGGACAUCCGCACCUUUGUCAAGGACAUUGCCAAGACCGUGUCUCCUGAGAAGCUGCUGGAGAAAGCAUUCGCUAUCCGCCUCUUCUCUCGGAAGGAGAUCCAGCUCCUGCAGAUGGCCAACGAGAAAGCUCUGAAGCAGAAGGGCAUCACCGUCAAGCAAAAGAGUGUUUCACUUUCUAAAAGGCAGUUUGUGCACCUGGCUGUCCACGCAGAGAACUUCCACUCAGAAAUUGUCAGUGUGAAGGAGAUGAGAGACAUCUGGUCAUGGAUCCCUGAGCGGUUCGCCCUCUGUCAGCCCCUCCUGCUCUUCUCCUCAUUGCAGCACGGGUACAGCCUGACCAGGUUCUAUUUCCAGUGUGAAGGACACGAGCCCACCCUCCUGCUCAUCAAGACCACACAAAAGGAGGUGUGUGGAGCUUACCUGUCAACAGACUGGAGCGAGAGAAAUAAGUUUGGAGGCAAACUGGGCUUCUUUGGGACUGGAGAGUGCUUUGUGUUUAGGCUGCAGCCCGAGGUCCAGCGUUACGAGUGGGUGGUCAUUAAACACCCGGAGCUGACCAAGCCAGUGUCCUUGGAGACCACUACCUCUCCAUCCCUGCUCGGCCGCUCCAUGUCCUUGUCCUCGUCCUCAUCCUCAGACCCUGCUGACCGCCUCUCACCAUUCCUGGCCACUCGGCACUUCAACCUGCCUUCCAAGACUGAGUCCAUGUUCAUGGCUGGGGGCAAUGACUGCCUCAUCAUAGGUGGAGGGGGCGGCCAGGCGCUCUACAUUGACGGGGACCUGAACCGGGGUCGCACGGGCCACUGCGACACUUUCAACAACCAACCCCUCUGCUCUGAGAACUUCCUCAUCGCUGCCGUGGAGGCCUGGGGCUUCCAGGAUCCUGACACCCAGUGACAGGCCUGCACUGAUGGUGACUGAGCUGCCGCUGUGGGGUGGGUGGUGGGGCGGUGGCCAGGCCCCCUCUUCAGGGAGGAGAUAGUGAGUGAAGACCCCCUCCACAUGCAUGGACAGCGUUGGGGUGCAGCUGGGGCUCUGGUGCUGGGCAGAAGUGCCAGGGCCUCAGCUGGCCCUGCCUGUCCCUCCUGGCCCUGCUAGGACCUGCUCAGACUUGCCACUGCUUCCACCUUGGACUAGGGCCCUGGCUGCCCUCUGUGGGGGUAUCCUGUGCCUAAGGCCUGGAAAGGGCUUCUCAUGCAGCCCCUGAGCCUUCCUCCUUUGGGGAUUGAGACAGUAGAAAGGCAGAAGGAGCCUGCUGCCAAGUGUGGGUAUAUAGCACCCCCUGCUGGUGCCUCUUAGCAUGGUUCCCAUGGAGGGCCAGGCAGCCCCCUGCCUGACCUGCUGCUGUGUGUUGGUCUGGAGAAGAGAAAGGUGCCCUGGGGACUGUUCCUUGGCAGGAGCAUCAGCCUGGGGCUUCUGACCCAGUUCCCUCCUCCCCACACUGGCCUCCUGGGGCUGCCUCUUGGACAGUAACCACAAGGUGAAAGAGGGUGAAGAGAAGGACAAGAUCUGUGCUGAGCUCUGGGCCCUUCCCAAGGGAGGGCCAAGGGCCAGUGGGAUGAAGGGCCAAAAGGGACAUCAUGUGUCCUUGUGUUUCUGCAGAGCCGGAAGCUUCUGUGGGGCCUCAUUGUGUAUCCACACUUGGAGAGGCCACCCAGGAUGGCCAGGGGAGGGCCCUCUGCGACCCACCCCAAAUCAGCCAACUCCAUUUCCAGGUGCUUGCCUGGAGAAGCCUGGACCCAUGGACCCUUCUCCAGCCCUUUUUCUCUCCAGACGGAGCCUCCUACAGUCUCUGCAUUGGCCCCAUUUCUUCUCUAUGUCGCUGCAGUGACCUGGGCCCCAGGAUCCCCUUAGAGUGGUGUUCUGGUCUUACCCAGCCCUACCCACCUCCUCUUCAUUGGGCCCCACACUCCUGUGUACCAGGACUGCAUCCUCCCCAGCUCCCUGCCCACAUGACACCUUUCCCACACGCCCCUUCGCAUGGCAUGUGUCUUCCCUCUGCAUCCCUCUCAGCUCUGGUCGGCCACAUAGCAUGGUUUUCUUGUGCUGCCACCUCUCCCCUUUUGCCCUGCCUGGCCCUGCACCGGACUGGGCCCCUGCACAGUAGGUGCCCUGUGACCUCCCUCAGCUGGUUCUGAGGGCCUGGGCACCCUGGAGAGCAGAGGAGAGAAGCAGACACCCAAGCAUGUGUGCUGUGGCAGCCUGGGCUACAGGUGCCAGGAGGUCCUGCCCCUAACCCAACCCCACUUGGUUCCAGACAGCCCCCUCAGUGCCCCUAUAUGCCGUGCCCCUGUCCAUUUAUGCACUGUGCUUCCUGUGUGGUGUUCAUCCUCCCUCUACCCACCCACUCAAGCCUCAGCCAGGCCACAGUGGUGCUGAAGGAAGGAGCAGGAACCCUGUGUGGCCUUGGCCAAGCCAAUGAACCUGUUUGGAGCUCAGUUUCCCCAACUGUAAAAUGACACCAGCCAUCCUCUGCUGUCCUCAUGGGACUGUUGAGAGGCUGUGAGGGGAGAGAUGCUGUCACCACUCACCCCCUCUCACAGACCACUGCAGCCCUUACCACAUCCCCUUUCUCUGAACCUCGCCUGUGUUUUGGUGUUCAUUAAACACUGUCUCAUUACAUGAA